CGCCAAGUCUGGCGCUGAUAUCUACGUUCGGCUCACUUCACUAUCUUGCCUUGAGCAGAGCCAGCCAGCCAGCAUGUCCAAAUCGCCCCCUUGGAAGCCCCUUGCUCGUAAUACAGCAGUACCAAGUCCUCAGGAAAGUGAAUUUUCGCCCCAAGAUCCCCGUUUGCCAGACCAGGUUGAACAAGACGAGGACUCUUCAUCAUCUCCACAAAGUCGCGCGAAACGUCUGGCGCUCAGAACCAAGGAUUUUGGAAAGAGUAUCGGUAGUAUAGCUCAGUCACCAAGUUCGCCUAAAUACGGCGGAGAGCACAGGCGUGUGUUCAGUCUGAGUCGCAAAAGCAAGGCCAAAGAGCAGUCGGAUCAAACUGAAGCCAUUGUGUCUAGUAACUUGCAAAUGCCUAAACUGGUACUUUCCAAUGGAAACACCGACACAGAAGCCCAAUUGUCAAAUGCUAUACAGGAUGACUCGCCUUUUAUCAGGCCUCGUUCACCCUCUCCACUCCGUAAUAGGCCCUCAUUGCAGGCGUUCCGAGGGACAGGCUCUAUGCGUGCUGGAACUCAAACUCUGAUUCAAGCUCUACAAGCUAUUCCAUGGGCAGAUGUUUCUGAUCAGGACGAUGACCAUACUAACAUCAUAACGCCACACGGUGACGAGGAUAGCGAUGAAGAUUCCGGAGCAUUGCCUAUGGCUUCUUCUAUUCACGCUAUUUAUCGUCCUGUUGCGCGUUCGAGGAGAACGGAAGCAUCCUUAUCAUCACGCACUGCGUUGCCAUUGCCAGAGGAAGAACAUGAGUCAUCCGACGGAGAUUUGGACGUCACUGGUCUCUCCGAAGAGGAUGCCGAUGCCGAGGACUUUGAAGCUACCACUCCGCGCCCCGCAGAUUUACCAAAACCAGAACAUGUUAUGCCGGAGUUGUCGACGGUCUUCCGACCUGGGGUGCAUAUGAGACGUAGGACUAGCUAUGCUGGGAGUAUCACAACCGUCAAAGUCGGGAGGAGGGCGCGCCUAGCCGAGAAGUUAAAGGAGAUAUUUGAAUUGAAUGCCAUCGACGAAGUUCUAGCCGAAAUGCCUUGCUGGUUGCUUCGGUCUGUCUUAUUACAGGGAUAUAUGUACCUCACGAACUCUCAUUUGUGCUUCUUUGCGCAUAUGCCCACCCGAGAGGAUCAAAUACUCAAGUCAGGGACACUCAGCAAGAGGGCUAACCAUACUAAGCGGUGGACAAAGCACUGGUUCGUGCUCAAGAACGAUGCCCUCUCUUGGUAUCACUCUUCUUCGGACCCCUAUUUCAUAAAUGGUAUAGUGGACCUUCGUUAUGCGAUAUCUUGUGAUCCAUCCGGAGAGAAGGAGAUACGUCUCCGAACCAACCAGAAGACUGUUCUCAUGUCAGCCGACUCAGUUCCUAGUCGGGAAGAAUGGGUAAAGGCCAUAAAGAAAGUCAUCUUCAAGGCCCAAAAUAUGGGUGACACUAUCGCAAUCCCUUACGCGUCUGUCCUUGAUGUCGAGAAGUCAUCAGCGAUAGACUUCAGCGAGACCAUCGAGGUCAAAGUGUUUGACAAAGAGCAGGAGCAUUAUACAGUGGACUCGUAUUUCUUCGCUUACUUCCAGAACUUGCCGGUCGCGUUGGAACAUAUUCGCGAUGCUGUGCGUUCACAUCGUUCAUCGGUCACCAGGUCGCCUCUGGCGGUCUUGGACACCACCUCCACCCGCCCGCCUUCCGCCACUCAUGGUAUGGAUCGUGCUAAGAGCCUUCCAACACCAGACACGCGUUUUGGCUCUUCUUUCAGACUAUCGUCUCUCCUGCGACCAUUCCACGACUCGCUUCCCGCAUCUUUGGGGCGCAUGAACAGUUCAUCAGGGGCUCCCGAACCUACCGAAGCGCCUGAUGACUACACUCACAUAACUAAGAGCUCCGGUUCUUCACUGGUGCCCAUCACAACUUCGCCUAAUUCGAUAUCUUCCCCAGACUCAAAUAGGGCGCUUCAUGCCCUUUCCAAAGCAUACACAAUUGCUACUCCUACGGACCACACUUAUCCUCCUUCCACGUCUGUGAGUGAUCUGGCUCCUAGUCCAUCCACGAAGUCCGUCCCAUCAAGUGUUCCAUGGAACGUGGGGGUACCCUCUUGGCUCAAGGUCCCCCGUGGCCGCCUCGGCACCUCUACCUCGAAUGCGUCUUCGCUUAGUGCCUCUCCCAGUGGAGGCAGCAUAAGUGAAGUAUAUUCUGUACCAUCAAAUGCAGAAUCAGCAGCCCGGCGGAGCUCCGGAAGUGCCCAAGGUGAUCUUGGAUACAGUGUCCUUGAGACACCAGAAGCUUCCGUCGAUCCGGAAGCUACUGAGAAAUUCAGGAUUGCAUUUGCCUUUGACGAGAAGGAGAUCUUGUUGGGCUAUUUCACUGGAUAUAUAUUCCGUCUUUUACCAGUACCUGGCCGGCUGUAUGUCUCGAUCAACUAUUUCUGUUUCAAGUCGACUGGCCCUCUUUCUUCCAAGACUCGGAUGAUUCUUCCUAUUCGAGAUAUCUUGAGUGUCGAGAAGACCAAGGGUACUCGGUUCGGCCACUACGGUCUCACAGUUGUUAUCAAAGGCCAUGAGGAACUCUUUUUUGAAUUUGGCUUCGAUGACCGCCGAAAAGCAUUCGUCGGUAUUCUGGAACAGCAAAUGGAAGAGGCCAGGAAGCGCGGGAGUGCGGGAGAUGUCCCGGUUCUCAGUCAGGGGAAAAAGGAUGCACUCAUCUUGGAGGAGUUCGAGCCUGACAAUCCCUCAGACUCAGAUCCCGCCCUUCCACCCGAAAGCAUGUCUGAAUCACUCCCAGCAGUCAUGUUCACCUCUUCCUCGUCGACAUUCCUGACGUUCAAGCCCAAGGAAUCCUUACAUUUCACCUUCCUGACGAUCGGCUCGAGAGGAGAUGUACAACCUUACAUAUCUCUGGCGAAAGGCCUCAUGGAAGAUGGUCAUCGAGUCAAAAUUGCAACACAUGGCGAAUUUCGUGAAUGGAUAGAAGCUUAUGGAAUUGAGUUCGGCUAUGUUGGUGGAGAUCCAGCAGAACUUAUGCGCAUCUGUGUCGAGAAUGGCACAUUUACUGUGGCAUUCCUCAAGGAAGGCAUGUCAAAGUUCCGUGGGUGGAUUGAUGACCUUUUGAAGACUGCAUGGGAAGCAUGUCAAGGCACAGACAUCCUAAUUGAAAGUCCCAGUGCCAUGGCCGGAAUUCACAUUGCAGAGGCACUCAAGAUACCCUAUUUUAGAGCUUUCACGAUGACUUGGACACGUACCAGGGCAUACCCACAUGCCUUCGCUGUUCCAGAACACAAGAUGGGUGGUGGGUAUAACUAUAUGACUUACGUUAUGUUCGAUCAAGUAUUUUGGCGUGCUAUCUCAGGCCAAGUAAACCGUUGGCGACGUAAUACUCUGCAUAUAGGCAAUACCAGCCUUGAUCGUAUGCAGAUUCACAAGAUACCUUUUCUAUAUAAUUUCAGUCCUACGCUUGUGCCCCCUCCUUUAGAUUGGCCUGAGUGGAUCCGCAUCACUGGUUAUUGGUUCCUCGACGAUGCAGAAGUGGGUGCCAAAAAAUGGACCCCACCACCCGAUCUCCUGCUGUUUAUCGAUUCAGCUCAUGAAGCUGGAAAGAAAGUCGUCUAUAUUGGCUUUGGCAGCAUCGUUGUCUCAGACCCGGUGGCAAUGACCCAUUGCGUGAUAGAGGCUGUUUUACGGAGUGGUGUAUAUGCAAUUCUCUCCAAGGGCUGGUCCGAUCGAUUGCAUACGAAGUCUUCGGAAGCAUCCGAACCUGAGGAAUCAUUACCCAAACAGAUUUAUCCGAUUAAUUCCAUCCCUCAUGAUUGGUUGUUCCAGCGCAUUGAUGCUGCAUGUCAUCACGGUGGUGCUGGAACUACUGGCGCAAGUUUAAGGGGUCCGUAUGCUAUUAAUUUUUGUGGCCGGUCUGAUGCAUUUCCUGUAGCUGGCAUACCAACCAUCGUCAAACCUUUCUUUGGAGAUCAGUUUUUCUCCGCUGAUCGCGUUGAAGCCCUUGGCAUAGGAACGGGUGUCCGCAAGUUGACUGCGGAGAGCUUGACUGAGGCGCUUGUCUCUGCGACUACAGACGUCAGACAAAUUGAGAGGGCGAAACUAGUUGGAGAACAAAUACGCGCUGAGAAUGGUGUUGCGACUGCAAUCGAGGCCAUCUACCGUGAUCUUGAAUAUGCUCGUUCAUUGAUCAAACGGGACCCCAAUGAAUCAGAGGCUGCACAUGAUGUCGAAGGCGCCGUCCGCAAUGAGCAGAAUAUCGUGCCCUCGCAAUCUACUCUGGAGCGUUCCGGUUCUGGUUCCCGGACUUCCGUAGAUUCACGCCGAGUCAGCGAAGACUGGAGUGUAAUUUCUGAUGGCGACGACAAGCACCCCCCCGGUUCAGGCAAAGUGGGCGAUGGCAAGCUCGACCGGUCCUCAACCUUCAAACGUAGCAGUCUUGCGGCUGCUGUUAUGUCUGUGCUACCGGAUGCACUCACCCCACAUCGCCAAUUCACAGGGCCACAACCUUAAGUUGACUGUAAUUUAUCUAGUUUACUGUAUUACUCGUCUCAUUGUACAACGCACAUUUCUCGGUCAUUCGGGCUGUUAAAUACUUAGAUAUAAUACGUGGAUCAUAUUACCCUGGCUUCUUCAUAGUGUUCCUCCAGCACCUUCUUGCUAAAUGACCCGAAGGUAUCACUUUCAGAGAUACGUUGGUGGGUAUCGGGCUGCAUGAAGAGAGCAAACGUCUCUCGCGAUAUCUUUGCUCCAACUUGUGUUUGCCCAACCCGCACACAAUGAGGUGUCGCCCGUAACUUUCCAGCAGUGACUAGCUCCAGGGCCUCGCCGGUUUGGAAGGCAAGGCAGUCUGGAGGAAUUGAAACCUUUGUCAGAUCUCCACCUCGGGUUCUGAUAUACAAGCCGGACGUCGGAGAAGGUGAAGGAACAAUAGUAGGCUCCAAUCCUGCUUCUUCACGAAGGAAUAUAGCCUAA